AUGGACAAGAUUAUGUCCCUCUCCAAGCGGCGUGGUUUCGUAUUUCAAAGCAGUGAGAUUUAUGGCGGCCUGGCUUCCACAUGGGAUUACGGCCCCUUGGGUGUUGAACUCAAACGUCAUGUCAAGGAAGCGUGGUGGCAGUCGGUGAUCGUGGGCCGUGACGACAUGGUGGGCCUUGACGCAGCUAUCCUGAUGGCUCCCCAAGUCUGGGUGGCCAGCGGCCACGUCGAGAACUUUUCGGACCCGCUGGUGGAAUGCCGAAGCUGCCAUUUACGGUUCCGGGCCGACCAGCUGGAAACUGAAAAGUGCCCAGAGUGUGGCGGUGAGUUUACUGAACCCCGCCGCUUCAACCUCAUGUUUCGGACCUUCAUGGGCCCAGUUGAGGACACGGGCCACGAAGUCUUUCUUCGGCCGGAGACCGCUCAGGGCAUAUUCGUCAAUUUCCAGAACGUCCUUAACUCUUCCCGCAAGAAACUGCCGUUUGGCAUUGGCCAGAUCGGGAAAGCCUUUCGCAACGAAAUAACCCCCGGCAAUUUCACCUUUCGCACCCGCGAGUUUGAGCAGAUGGAGGUGGAGUUCUUCGUAAAGCCGGGCACCGAUGAGGAAUGGUUGCAAAGCUGGGUAGAGGAACGGUUUAACUGGUACGUGAGUUACGGCAUCCGUCGGGACAAUCUUCGGCUCCGGCGCCACGACCCCGACGAAUUGGCACAUUACGCCAAGGAUACCUAUGACAUCGAAUACCGAUUCCCCUGGGGCUGGGGUGAAUUGGAGGGAAUCGCCGACCGCACCGACUUUGACCUGCAACGCCACGCCGAGGCCAGCGGCGAGGACCUGACCUACUUUGACGAGGAAGACAGGGAGCGUUACCUGCCUUACGUCAUCGAACCCUCUGGUGGCGUAGACCGGGCCACUCUGGCCUUUUGGCUUGAUUCCUAUGAUGAAGAACCCGAUGGAGAAACUGUUAGAGUCGUAUCUCACCUCCAUCGUAAGCUGGCCCCGGUUACUGUGGCUGUGCUUCCUUUGAGCCGAAAUGCUCGACUGGCUCCCACCGCCAGGAAUGUUCACAAUUUGCUGCGUCGCCAUUUCAGCACUCAAUUCGACGAUGCGCAGAGUGUGGGCCGCCGCUAUCGUCGCCAGGACGAAAUUGGGACGCCGUACUGCGUCACGGUAGACUUUGAUACCCUGGAUGACCAUCAGGUAACUAUUCGAGAUCGGGACACAAUGAAUCAGGUGCGUGUCUCCAUAGCAGAGUUGGUAUAUAUCUUGCAGGACAAGGUGGAGCACGGUUGGUGA